UCUUGGAUACAUGACAACGCUGUGCAAAUCAAAUCAUCCGGGCCACGGGAACGGGCGUCAUUUUUGGUCUGUUGGUGUUUGCAAAUCGAAUAAAACUCGCCAAAUCGUGAAAAUUUGCACGUUUUUCGUGAUUUUAUUUUGAAAUUGAAGACUAAUUAACCAGAAUCAUGAGUGUAGAGGAGGAGGUCAUGAGAAUCCAGAAGAAACUGAGUAAAAUGACAUCGGACGAUGGCAGUGGACAAGAGCAGGCCCUUGAUUUGCUGAAAGAACUUCAAAGCCUCAAAAUAAACCUGGACGUGUUAACCAAGACACGCAUCGGCAUGACUGUAAAUGCUCUUCGAAAGUCCAGCAAAGAUGAUGACGUUAUCACUUUGGCGAAGACUCUUAUUAAAAAUUGGAAGAAGUUCUUGAGCAGUUCUGAUACCGGCAAGUCAUCGAGUUCGUCAGAUGCAAAGGAAAGCAAGAAAGAUGAAAAACGAAAAGAGGAUAAGCCAAAGAAAGAUGACAGAGAAAGAGAUCGGAAGUUGCCCACUGCUUUUCCACCCACGAGCGUCACCACCGAUUCAGUCAGGCUAAAAUGCAGGGAAAUGUUGGCGUCCGCCAUCAAAACCAACUCAAAGGAUGAGGACUUUGAGGGUUGUGCAUCUGCAGAGGAACUGGCAGAGGAGCUUGAAGAAGCGAUUUUCCAGGAAAUAAAGAACACCGACACGCGAUACAGAAAUAGGAUUCGAUCCAGGAUUUCGAAUCUAAAAGACAUCAAGAACCCCACUUUGAGGACUAGUUUCCGAGUUGGUGCGAUUACUGCACAAAGGUUGGCUUCAAUGACGGCAGAAGAGAUGGCCAAUGACGACGUGAAACAGUUACGGGAAAAAUUCAACAAAGAAGCAAUCAAUGAUGCACAGUUGGCCACCGCACAAGGAACAAAAACCGAUAUGUUGAAGUGCGGCAAAUGCAAGAAACGUAACUGUACUUACAACCAGCUGCAGACGAGGUCCUCCGAUGAACCUAUGACAACGUUUGUGCUGUGUAAUGAGUGCGGUAAUAGAUGGAAGUUUUGUUAAGACUAGACGUAAGAAAAAAGGCGUAUUUAAGUCACUAGUUUAUUUUAUGCUGAAGUUAAACUGGACAGAUAAUUCGAUUCAAUGUUGAAGCUUCGAAGAAAGGUGCGUGAAAUGGGAUGGUUUGCUUCAUCUCAAUUUGGCCAUUUUUUUAAGAGGUUUGGAGACAUUUCAGAUAAGGUUUUUGUUCAUUUAAACAGGUGGUUGCAACUCUAGUGUAGACUUUCAUACGUUUGCUUGCUAGAUUGUGAACGUAGUUCAUGGGAAAAUUGUGAUGACCUUAUUUAUUGAGUAAAAUAAACACCGAUGAAAAUGCACUUGAUCCAGCGAUUAUGUCACAUUUCAUACUUUAUUGUUUUCACACGUUAGUUGUUUGCAAAGGAUUGAAACCUAUAAUGGGAGCAACCGUAAAACUGUUUGCAGUUACUGGAUCACUACUUAGGUCUAGUAAUAUCUAAGUUUAUACUUAAAUAAAUUGAAUCUUAUGUUUUAAUUGAUUUAAUUCAACUGUAGAGGAUAGUUUUUGUUAGCGACUUAUAGGAAACCAUCUAAAUAUUCUAGCAAGCGAUCUUCUGAUAUGUCUACUUUGGGCAAAACCCAUAAAUCGUUAUUAUCCGCAUGUUCCUCGGGUGUUUUCCGUUUAAAUUAUACUACGUUGAUUGUUCCACUUGGUUUGGCUACCCAGAAAGUCAGCCCAUCAAGCGCAACAGUGGCACUAAAAAAGAAAAACGGGUAAAUUUACUUGUUAACUAGUCAUGUUUAGUUCAAAUCACACACUGAUUAAUGACGAAGGCGUUAUUCUGUAAAACGUAUUUUUAAACUCUUUAGAUCAUGAAAUCGGUAGUAACACGUUGUGUGAUUGGCUGUAUUCGGUUAAGGAUAUUUGCAGAUGAUCAAGAUAUCGGUUUGCUAAAUAAAUCAAUUUCUCGCCAACA